GGGGCCGGAGGCUGCCCGGCGUGGUCCCGCCGCGCUGCCUGCCCCUGCGCGGCAGCUUCUCCCCCAUCCCUGCAGCCGCUGGGGCUGUCCGGACAUUAGGAGCGGCCGGGCCGAGUCUGUGGGUGCGGGGUGCAGGGAAGCGCGGGGUUUGCUGCCGGCCGGCUCCAUGCUGAGCCUCCCGGGAGCCCGAGGGGGAGCAGCGGGGCUUGCACCGGGCGGCACGGGGCUGAGGACAGCGCCUGGCGCAGGAACAGGCGCAGCCCGGGAUGCUCGCGCGCGCCACACACCCCCUCUCUCCGCCCUUUGCCGCAGGACGGAGCGGGACGCGACCAGCUGGUCAAAAAGCAAACUGGAGCAGCUGCUGGUGGGGAUCGUGGUGGGUAAUGAGGCGGGCAGCUGUGAAAUAAGCGAUCUGAAGCAAUUGGAAGGCGAAGCCUCCUGCAACAGCCGGAAAGGGAAACUGAUUUUCUUCUACGAAUGGAACAUAAAACUUAGCUGGAAAGGUACAAUGAAAGAAUCUGGUGAGAAACAUGAGGGAUCUGUUGAAAUUCCUAACCUGUCAGAAGAAAAUGAGGUGGAUGAUACAGAGAUAAGUGUAAGCAAAAAGAAAGGAGAUGGAGAUGUGCUAAAGGAUCUUAUGAGAACAGAAGGAACUUCAAAAGUCAGGGAGGCUCUCAGAGAUUAUCUGAAAGUUCUUAAAACAGAGUUUACUCUGGGAAUGAUCCUACCAACCAAAACUUCAGCUGGUCCGGAACUGGCGGUUAAAAAAAAAUUGAGUGAGAAUAAUGUGCAGGAUUCUGUUAUACCAAUUUCUUUGGAUACAGUUGGUGUAAAGAUUCCAACAGUAAAGAUACUUCUGAAAGAGAUGUUUGACUCUCCGGUAGAGGAGCUUUAUAGCAUCUUCAUAACUAAGGAGUUGGUACAAAAAUUUUCUAAAAGUCGUGCUGUGAUCGAAGCCAAAAGAGGAGGAAAACUUCAAAUGUUUGAUGGUUGUAUUACUGGUGAAUACAUAGAACUGUUACCCAGCCAAAGGAUUGUCAUGAAAUGGAGAUGCAGGAACUGGCCUCAUGAAUAUUAUGCAACAGUUGCUUUGAAUUUCAAGGAUCAGGCAACUCAAACUGAAUUACAGUUAGAGUGCAAAGGUGUCCCUGUCUGUAAUGAAGACAGUACAAGACAGUGUUGGCAGAAGCAGCAUUUUGAAGAAAUACGUGUUUUACUGCAGCAGACCAAAGUAAAUGCUGAAUGAUGAUAGCACUGUAGUUAGUUUUCUUAGUGCAUUACUUUUAUAUAUAAAUAAGUUUGUCUCCCUCUUUUGUCCCCCACCCCUCUUUUUUUAAGAAAAUUAAUUUAUUUAUGGGGGAUGAAUAAACAUCCACUUCUGUGAUACUGUAUAUAAUUUAAGUGCUAUUUAUGGAUCUUCAGUGAAUGAAAUGGCCUCUUCCGUAAGUGAGAUUAUGUAUUUAGACACCUUCAGUUUGAGAACUGAUCACUGUUUUAUUAUCUAUAACUUAAAUUUGGAAACUGUUAGUGUGACUCAGCUGCUAUAGACUUCAUGGUAUUACAUCAUACUGAGAAGCUCAUUUAGUAGAGACGAGCUACUAAGUAGGCCUCGUCCAGGUCUAAGUUAGAGCAAAGAAGUGACACAUGCAUUGUUUAGUAAGAAUCCAUUCAUGGUGGGUAGAAUGUCUGUGUUUAAAUGCACUGCUGAUUAAAAGGUGAAUUGAAAGUCUUAAAAAAAAAAAAACAAAAAAAAAACCCCAUAGUUUGAUUCUGUAAGAUCAAAUGAUGAGUGAGUUAUACAGCCACUUAAAGUAAAGCACUUAAUCUCAAACCAUAGAAAAACAAGAUGCAGGCUUCUUAUAUUUUCAAACAGCACAGCUACACAUUUGAAAGACUCAGUCACCUAAGGCAAAGAUUUAGGUCUGGAGGAUUAACAAAAUUAGAACAACCCUUGUUGACUGGGAGAUGCCAUUAUUUUGGUCUAUUUUUCUAAACUCCUCUCUUCAUCUUCUCUCUGUUAAUGGUACCUGUGAUGGGAGUUGCUGCUCUGGCAGAGAUGCCAGGAAGGCUGUAAGAGAAGUAAUUUAAUUUUGUAUUUCAGCAAUUUCCAUAUUUAUUUAAAGAGCCAUUUUCACUUGGACUGUUUUCUUCUCUUGGAAUUCUGAAAAUACGUUUUUAACUUAGACCCUUUCAGUUCACCUUAAUGAACGAUUCCACCCAUGGGCAUAUAAUGAAAGCAAAGCAAAUAAAACCCCAACUAUUUGACACCAAUGCACCAUAAGGGUUAACCAUGAUGGGUUAAUAUUGACGAUAUAACAAUUUAGCAAGAAUGGGGCAGAAUUCUUAAACACAUUGAGUAAUUUUGUAAACAAUUGGAAUAAAAAAUAACUUACCUGUGCAAUACUGAACUUAAGGCAAAAUUGACUAAGAAAAAUCAUGACAGAGGUGACUCAGACUGCAUUUUAAUCAAAUGCACAGAAUAGCGAUCAGUCAUCUUAAUAAAGAAAAUUUUACAGUGA